AUGCUCCUUCAGGAAUUUGUAAGCGUCUGGGUUCGAGAUCCGAGGAUUCAGAAGGAGGAUUUUUGGCAUUCUUAUAUUGACUAUGAGAUAUGCAUUCACACCAAUAGCAUGUGUUUUACCAUGAAAACAUCGUGUGUACGAAGAAGAUAUAGAGAAUUUGUGUGGCUGAGGCAGAGACUCCAAAGUAAUGCAUUGCUGGUACAACUGCCAGAACUUCCAUCUAAAAACCUGUUUUUCAACAUGAAUAAUCGCCAACAUGUAGAUCAGCGUCGACAGGGUUUGGAAGAUUUCCUCAGAAAGGUCCUACAGAACGCACUUUUGCUCUCAGACAGCAGCCUCCACCUCUUCUUGCAGAGCCAUCUGAACUCAGAAGACAUUGAGGCAUGUGUUUCCGGGCAGACUAAAUACUCCGUAGAAGAAGCGAUUCACAAGUUUGCCUUGAUGAACAGACGUUUCCCCGAAGAAGAUGAAGAAGGAAAAAAAGAAAAUGAUAUAGAUUAUGAUUCAGAAAGUUCAUCCUCUGGGUUUGGACACAGUAGUGAUGACAGCAGUUCACAUGGAUGUAAAAUGAGCACAGCCCCGCAAGAAUCCUGAAAAAUAAUUCUAAUGUUACCAUCUUCAGAACAGCAAAUGAUGUACAGUCAGAGAGAAGAAAGCUUGCUAAUAAUAUAUUCUUACCUAAAGUUCACUGUCAUGAUGUUAGCUAUUUAAAUUCUUAAGAGACUCCGGUUGUUUAUUAAUGGUAUUUUUACGUUGUCUUAUUUUGGUUAAGCUUCUGUAAUAAGCUAAAAGCCUGUGAAUGCAAUACUCUCCUCUCUAGGCAGACAUUAUUGGUAAAACAAGAUCCUAUUGUGAAAUGAUUUAUAUGUGUAAAAAAUAGAGUCGGCUUACUGAAUGUUAAACGAUAGGUAAAUAGGUAGCAUUUAAAAUCCAGAUAGUGUAUUCCUUCUUGUAUAAAUGGAGCAGUGUUACUGUAAACAUAGUGUGUAUGGUCUUAGCCACCAUAAAGACCCACAGCAGCUUAGACCAACCUGUCUCUUUCAGACAUGCGGCUCCUGUUUUGUGGACACCUCCCCUGCGCUGGAAAACACUACUUGUUGGGUAUUUGAGAUAUUUUAGAAGUGUUUAACCUUUCCAGUAUUCUGUUUCACACUCAGAUGGAAUAUGUAUAUUAUCAAUAGAGACAUGGAAAAAUAAUGCUUUCAUCUUAGGAAAAAACAGAACUACUACUUGUAAUUUUGCAAUACAUCAAUUCAGAGAUCCAUUUUCAUUGUCCAAAAGCAGUUUAAACACAUGGAAGGAAAUCAUUUGUUGUCAUUAUCAUUGUAUAAUUACAAUUAUAGUUUAGUGAUUUAUUUUCUCACUAAAUGUGCAAUACCGUAUCACUAGGUAACUUUCAUUGGUUGGUACUUGUCACUUUUCUUAAAAGUUAGAAAUAGGAUCUUAUAAAAAUCAAUACAUUUAAUUUUACCAGCAAAAUCCCAUCAUGUCAGAAAAGAAUAUCAAUUUGUUGAUUUCAGAAUUUACUCAUUAAAAAAAUGCCAUUUCUUUUUAGGCAUCUGCCUGAGGAUGGGUAUAAUUUUACUAAAAUGUUUUUUUUUUUGUUUUGUUUUAGUGGCACAAAGAUAAAAAUGUCUAAAACUUCUUUGAACAUCAAAUUUUAGAUGAGCCAGCAUUUUCUUGAGAGAACUGUCCAAGUUUCUUUCUUGUUAAAUAGUAGAAAAUACCUUGAGUGACAAAGGAAGAUAUUUCGUAACUGGGAGAACUUGUUGCUUUAAUUAAAUGUUACUUUACUUCAUUUUGUUUUAACAAGAAGCUUACAAGUUAUUAUUAAAAAGUCUUUGAAAUGCUUCUGAGAAUAGA